CUAUCUCCGCAUUUCCCCAAAUCCUUAUGAUCACCUCGAAUCAGCUAUUAUUUGUAUCGAUCGACCGUCCCGUGUCGAUAUCCAUGCUGCUUCCAUGUCUUUAAUACUCGGGCGCGUCCCGCGCUUUCUGUCAGUACGGCUGGCUACUGUCGGACAUGCUAAACCGAAACAAAAAGCGACAUCCCUGGUCCGACUGAUCUCCCAAAACGCAGCUGCGUCAUCGAGGAGCACUGAGGCUAAAGAUCUUCCGUUGGCAUAUACCUGGCUAACAAGAACGCCGGGCCAAAUUACACCAGAUGACGUCCUUUCGAGCGUAUCCCCCAUUCCAGACUUUCUCUCGUUAAACUACGUACCUGUCCUCCUAGUCACUUCUGCAUUCGCCCACUGGAUUGAUGUGUCAUCGAACCGCUUUCUGGAACAAUUGAUCAACUCUUUAUAUCCAUCUACACCCAACCGCGAAUCGUCUGGACCUCUCCAUGCCAUUGUUGCCGUGGUCGAUAAGCUACCCGACCUCCGCGCCAGGCUCGAAGGGCUUGUCGACAGCAAAACUUCAUCUGACUCUGAUGGAGUUUCGUUCUUGCUGGUAAAGGCAGAAAAUAUACAGGGAACCAUUGCUGUGCCUCGUCGUGUUCGGAGUAUGGAAGCUGCAGAGUCCAGUCUGGUCUUUACACUUCAAAACGACACAUACUCCGAGGCUUUGCAGAGGCCGACUCAUGAACUCGGACUGCGUCUUGCCAAUACAAUAUUCAUCAACGGGAAUGAUAGCACUCUUUUUGGCACGCGCUGGACUUAUACGCCUUCUCAGCAAUAUACCUUAGAGCAAUCAGUGAAUCUCUCGAAUUGCACGGUGACCUCAGCGGUUGCUUCCGUCCAAAAUUCAUUUAAUCUACCGCUCUAUCCUGUUGGCCAACGAAGGAGAGUUAUCUCAAGCAUGGGAAAUAUCCUUCGUCAGUUGGCAAAACAUCUGGAUAGUCAAUCAACGGAACCAAUGCCAGCUUCAUCUGAACUGGAAAAGGAACUGCCACGCUACAUUGAGGAACACGGCAUUGUUGACCGAAGGGUUUCUGUUUGGGCCCUGAUUGAGAAUUCCGAAAGGGGCUUUCAAUUGGAAAACAACGCUAAUAUGCAGGAGAGCCUCGUAAAAGCAAUCCGCGCAGGAGGCAAACUCCAUCGGGUUAUGAGUGGUGGCGGUGGAUGGGGAAAGAAACAAGGCCUUCUAUCUUUAGACCCUGAAACUACUUUUAUUGAAACAGACAAUAAUCAGGGGCUCCUGGGCCUAGACGAUAUCUUCGCAGACCAGGAGACUCAAACGCUCUCAGAUAUAUCUACCCCGCCGCCUGCGUUCUUUGAGAUGCCACAACUGGAUGAAAGUAUGUCAAGUUUGUCUCAAGCUGCAGGACCGGGUGACUAUAUUCAAUUUUUUGUUUCUGUGGAAACAGACCAUGCCCCGAAUCCUUCUUGUCAAGAGGGGAGCAUCCGGUUUGAUUUCGGCAUCGUUGCUGAUUCCGAGGCCAUUCCCAGCUCUUCCGAUGGCUCGGAGAAGGACCUGGGUGUUGUACCUCAGUUCUUUGGUGCGCUAUCGGAGAAAGCGAUCACUUAUUCGCAGCCUGUGGUCGGACCAGAGGCCUCUAAUUCCGUCAAAUCAAGUGCUAAGUUUGAUAUUCCCGGGUGCCACGUGGCGUUGGUGGUGGAAUGAUUGGUUUGUGUGCAAUAUUACAUGUAUCAUGGAAAAUUCAUCAAGCACAGGCACAGUACCCGAUCUCCAUGUCCAUGGUCUCUUUAAAUUCUACGGUCUCAUCUUUCGAACCUGACUGUGUCUACGGACUUAUAAUUUACAUAUCCUAAUUAGAUCGCAAAC